UCGACGUCCAGUCACGGUAUUCGCCUCGACUUCGUUUACUGCCCCGACUCCCAUUCCCUUAUAUGCCAGUCAGAUCAGUUUAUAUAUAGGAAACACCGAGCCCCAUCGACUCUCGUUUCCAUCCUUUUGUAAAAUCCAGAACCAGUCUAUGAGGAUCGCCUUGAUACCUGAUCUCAGACUUCCUCCAUGCCACUCCUAUCGACAAAAGGGCUCUUCGCCCUGCUAGCCGCGUGUGCGGUUGGCGGCACCUCGGCACACAUGAUAAUGCGAAAGCCUGUACCCUAUAACCACCACGACACGAUGCCAUUGACUCAAGUCAACCCGCUCGAUGUCGCCGCGCACCCCUUCCCCGGCCAGGGGCUGAACAAGGUGGUCGAGAUGGCCAACUACACGGCCGGGACUCCCGCCGAGGUCUCCUUUACGGGAACCGCUGUCCACGGCGGCGGCUCCUGCCAGUUCGCUAUCGCCUACCACGACGACUCGGUAGACCCGGCAACCCUCAGGGACCCAAAGGCCUGGAGGGUGCUCGCGUCCGUCAUCGGAGGGUGCCCCGCCGAGGCUGUGGGUAACCUCGAUGAGACGGGCAGGGACAGCGACGGCCGCUUCGAGGGCAAGGUUUGCGCACACUUUGCCGAAAAGGAGUGUAGCAAGACUUUCAAGAUCCCGCUCCCCAAGGAGCUCCCCAACGGCCGCGCAUCGUUUGCUUGGACUUGGUUCAACAAUAUAGGGGCAAUCAUCGUUUCAGGCGGCUCAGAUCGAACGGCCGGCUUCAACUACCUCGAAACUCUCCCUCCACUCUUCAUCGCCAACAUCGCCGGCGACCCGCUGAGUACGUGCGCCACAGGAAAGGAGGGUGUCCUCGGCUUCCCGAACCCGGGGAAGACGGGCAUGGUCAUCCAGGACGCCGACGCGGAGUCUUCAGGAACCUGCGAGAUGCCCAAGGCCCUCAAGCCCGAGUUCGAAAACGACAUCACGCAGCUCAACCACGCCGGCGGGGGCCCCGGCGCCGGGAACAGCUCCAGCUCGCAGCCGCCGUACACAGGGCCCAUCAGCAGCGCACCGGGCGGCGGCUUCUCUACAAUCCCUAGUGUGCCCACGACGCUGAUCACGUCCACCACUAGGCCCGCGGUCGGCGCCGACCAAGGCAUGACGACGACCGUGACGACGACGGUCCACGCAACGGUCUAUGUCACGCUGCCAGGCGCUGCUACCAGCUACGUGACCGGUGGUGGCAGUGCCGCUUCCGGGAUGCCGGCUCCCCCAGUCUCGGUGGCCUGCAAGGAAGGGGACGUCAUGAUAUGCAUCGGAAGCACGCAUUUUGGCCUGUGCAACCACGGCAGCGCCAUCCCGCAGCCUGUGGCGGCGGGGACUGUGUGCUCUAGGAACCAGAUUGUCCACCAAGGGGCUUGAGGUGAAUCUUUCAUCCCCAUGAGGCUUUGCGGGUGUUGUGGACGUAUUAGAAGUCCACCAGCGGUUAUUGUGAGUGGUUUACACGCGAAAAGAGCACAGUUGGUUGGUUCGUCCGCCGUAGCCUGGCGGCCAUGUAUAUAAUGAAUUUGAUAAUGCAUCUAUCCAAUAGGUCAAAC